ACAUGGAGGAGCUGAGCGCCGUGGGAGAGCAGGUUUUUGAUGCCGAGUGCAUCCUGAACAAGCGGCUGAGGAAGGGAAAGUUGGAGUUUCUGGUGAAGUGGAGGGGAUGGUCAUCCAAACACAACAGCUGGGAGCCUCAAGAAAACAUCCUGGACCCGCGGCUGCUGGCUGCCUUCAACAAAAAAGAGCAAGAAAAGGAGCUCCUGAUGCUUAAACGAGGAAAACGGCCCCGAGGACGACCACGGAAGAUCAUAGAGAACGUUCCGGAGACCCCGAAGUCCAGCAGCUCCUCGUGCUCCUCGUCCUGCAUGAGCUCCAACUCCUCGUCCUCCAGCUCGUCCUCGUCGUCGUCCUCGGAGGAAGAGGAGGACGAUGACGACGAGGAGGACGGGGGGGGGCAGGCCAUGCAGGCGAGCCCCCCCGUCCGGACCAGAGACCUGCACCCCGUCCCCCAGCAGAAGGCCCAGAUCGUCAUGGCGAAGCCGGAGCCGCCCAAGAAGCGGAGCAGGAAGCCCGUCUCCCCGCCGCCGCCGCCCAAGGACUUCCAGCAGAACAAGGGCCCGCGCCGGGUCCUGAAGGCCACCAAGGACGGGGAUCUGCCCGGCGCCAUCAAGAAGCCCGUCCACCCGGCCAGCUUCACCUUCAUGGGCUUCCACCGCGGCUCGCCCCGGGAGGCCGUGGCGGGGCCGACCCGGCCCCUGCCGGCUCAGGGAGGGGUGGGCGCCGCGGCGCCAGGCAGGGCCUCCGUUCAGACCUCCCCCCUGAGCAAAUCCAGCCAGGGCCGGAGCGCCCACGCCGCGGGGAAGCUGCCCGUCUCCGGGCCGGGCCUCGCCCUGAAAGCAGCCGCCGGCAAAUCCAAAGGUGUGGCGGCGCUGAAUCUGAAUACUUCCAAACAUCCCACGCAGGGAACCACCCAGCACACGCUGAGCCCGCCCGGCGGACUAAAGAAGGCCCCGCCCCCUUCGCCUGCGGCGCCGCGGAUGCUCGGCGCCAAGGCGGCGGCGAGCCUGCCGUCGAAGGGCGCCGCCGGCGGUCCCGGAUCUCAGCCCCUCAACCUCCAGAACAAACUCUCCCAGGGCGCCGACGGCCCCGGAAACGGAGCCGCCGCCGCGCCGGACCAGAGGAACCCGGCGCGGAAGACCGCCGCCUCGCUGAGUCAGGGGGGCGACCCUCCGAAAACGCCCGGGAGACCGCCGGCCAGGAAAGGAGACAAGGCCAAUGAAAACCAGACCCCUAGAGUCCAGGCCCGGCUGGACAAGUCCUGCACGGAACUCCAGAGCCAGCAGGAGAGGGCGGUGGCGGCGGCGCCGAAAGGCGGCAAGAAGGCCAAAAUGACCGACAUGAGCACGGGCGAGGAGGAGAGCAGCUCGGACUCGGACCACGACUCCUCCUACGCCUCCGUCGCCGCCCAGAUCCAGGACUGGAAGCCGCCGCGCAGCCUGAUCGAGCACGUGUUCGUGACGGACGUCACGGCCAACCUGGUCACCGUCACCGUCAAGGAGUCGCCCACCAGCGUCGGCUUCUUCGGCCUCCGCAACUACUGACGGUUCGGACUAAAGACGUCGGACCGCCUCCGGGGAGCAGCGUCCUCCGGGUGGCCGGCGGAGCGGGUCGGGGGGUCCGGACCGCCUCUCGGCGGGGCGAGUGAAUCCGGACCGUGUCACGGGUGGAUCAGGGACUGAAUUACAGGGUUCAUUUAUUCUUCAUCUUUUAGUUGAGACAUUUUAGACGUUACAAAAUAGCUUAAAAAUACAGAUUCAGAUAUUGAUUGUAAUUAUUUAUUUGUUCUCGUCUAAAACCUGCCCCCCAUCAUAUCAAGAUCAAGAGUCCUCCACUAAGGACCAACUCGUCCAUCAUGUCCAUAUUUCAAGCAUCAUGAUAAAAGUUUGGGUCCAGCUGAUGCUGCAUUGAUGUUGCAUUGAUGCC